AUGAGUACUCCAUCUGAUGCUGCCCCGCCCACCGGCAACGCCACCGCCCCCAUCAGCAAGAACGAGCUAAAGCGCCGUCUGAAGGCUGAGAAGGCAGCCAAGGCCAAGGCCGAAAAGGCCGCCAAGAAGGCUGCCGAGGCCGCAUCCAAGCCUAAAAAGGCUGCUGCCACCGACGAUGAGGAACUAGACCCCACCGCGUACUUCGCCAACCGCGAGAAGACGCUUGUAGAGCUGGAGAAACAGGGAAUCAACCCGUACCCGCACAAGUUCCAUGUGUCCACGUCGCUACCCGAAUUCCAUGCGCAGUUCGGCGACGCCGAGGCCGGUAGCCACCUCUCGGAUGUGGUCGUGUCUGUGGCCGGACGCCUGCACAGUAAGCGCGCAUCGGGCUCCAAGCUCGUCUUCUACGACUUGCGUGCGGAUGGCAAGAAGCUGCAGAUCAUGUCGGACGUAGGAACGUACGAGAGCGCCGAGGCCUUCGCCCAGAUCCACAGCAUCCUUCGUCGUGGUGACAUUGUGGGCGUCAAGGGCCACCCAGGCAAGUCCAAGAAGGGCGAGCUGUCCAUCUUCCCUCAGCAACUGGUGCUGCUCUCUCCGUGUAUGCACAUGCUGCCCAAGAGCCACGCUGGUCUGACGCUGCAGCAGGACACGCGCUACCGUCAGCGAUACCUGGAUCUGAUCAUGAACGACGACAGCCGUGGCGUGUUCCAGACUCGCGCUAAGAUCAUCAACUUCAUCCGUCGUUUCCUGGAUGACAAGAACUUCCUAGAAGUCGAGACGCCCAUGAUGAACAUGAUCGUGGGCGGCGCGACGGCCAAACCUUUCGUGACGUACCAUAACGACCUGCACAUGAACCUGUUCAUGCGUGUGGCCCCCGAACUUUACCUCAAGCAGCUGGUUAUCGGUGGACUCGACCGCGUCUACGAGAUCGGACGUCAGUUCCGUAAUGAAGGCAUCGAUCUGACCCACAACCCCGAGUUUACUAGCUGUGAGUUCUAUAUGGCUUACGCUGACUACAACGACCUCAUGACGUUGACGGAGAAGCUCUUCUCUGAGAUGGUCAAGGAGAUCACGGGUGGAUACACCAUCACGAUCCAGAAGGAGCCUGGUGAGGAGCCCGUGACGAUCGACUUUACGCCUCCGUUCAAGCGUGUGAGCAUGGUGUCGGCUGUGGAGGAGGCCACGGGUGUUAAGAUCCCCAUUGAUGAGCCCGAGAAGUGUCUGGUUAUCUUGGAAGAACUGGUGACCAAGUACGAGCUGGAGUGCGCUCCGCCUCGCUCGAUUGCGCGUCUGCUUGACAAGCUGGUGGGUCACUUCAUCGAGGACAACAAGGCUUACUGGACCAAGCCGUUCUUCAUCAUGGACCAGCCUGUGUACAACUCGCCGCUGGCGAAAUAUCACCGUGAGAAAGCUGCACUUACCGAACGUUUCGAGCUGUUCCUGGCGGGGGCCGAGAUCUGUAAUGCCUACACAGAGCUCAACAACCCCAAGGUGCAACGUGAGCGAUUCAUCGAGCAGAUGGAACAGGCCGCGGCCGGUGACGACGAGGCCCAGCCGCAUGACGAGUCCUUCUGUACGGCUAUGGAGUAUGGCCUGCCGCCCACUGCCGGCUGGGGCUGCGGCGUCGACCGUCUCACCAUGUUCCUGUCCAACCGUUUCAACAUCAAGGAAGUGCUGCUCUUCCCUGCCAUGAAGCCGGACGAGCAGGCUGCUCCGGCCCCGUCGGCUAGCGGUUCGGCUUCGCUUAUCUCCUCCACGGGCUCGGUGGCUCUGGACGUGCUGGAGAAGCGUCUGGCUGGAUCCACGUUCGUGAAUGGCUCGUCCCCGUCGAAGGACGACACAGCCGUGUUCGAACGUGUCAAGGUUGUGGGCAAGGACAUCCUCAAGAAGUACCCGAACGUGGAGAAGUGGCUGGACUUCGUGACGGCGUUCCCCAACGAGCUACGUGCCAAGUGGUAG